AUGGCGGCGAUUGGAGCCUCACGGUGGCUGCCAGAUACAGAUAGGUUUUUUACGGAUUUUAUGCAACUAGUAGAACGAGCACAACAGCAGUUAACAAGCAGCGACAAUGUCGAUUUCUUCAUACUACCUUUAGAUGAAUAUGAAAGAACUAUAAGUGUUCUAUGUCGAAGAAUCGGAGAGUCAUUCCCCCAAGAAACUGGUUUAGUAAACAACUUGCAACUUGUUUAUGUCUCGAGCAGACUGAGAAACCGUUUUGAAAUUCUUACAUAUGAAAGAGAAGCAAUUUGUGAUAAUUCCCAUGAGCCAUGCCCUCGGCCUGUCGUAACCACAACGAGACGUGGACAAAUAGGAAGACCAAGGGUACAGCUUACUCAGCAACAAAUACGAAUUCUUCACGAGGGAGGUGGAUUUAGAUGGGCUGACGUGGCAAGGAUACUAGGUAUAUCCGAGAGGACACUUCGUCGACGAAGAUAUGAGUUUGGAUUAACUGUCGGACGAGAUGUGGAUUUCAGUGAUAUAUCAGACGAUAACCUGGAUAAUCAUGUCCGUGAAAUACUGAGAACUACACCAAACUCUGGUCAACGUUUAAUAGAAGGGGGACUAAGGCAGCGAGGGCUUUGUAUUCAACGACGACACAUACAAGAUUCUAUAAGAAGAGUAGACCCUGUAAUUCGUACUCUGAGAGGUGCUAGAUAUAUCAUAAGAAGAGUUUAUAACGUGCCUUGCCCAAAUGCAUUGUGGCAUAUUGAUGGGAACCAUAAACUCAUAGAACCUUACAGAAUCGUAAUACAUGGGGGAAUAGAUGGAUACUCUAGAUUGAUUGUGUUUUUGCAUCCUUCAACUAACAACAGAGCAACAACUGUACUUGAUAAAUUCCAGAAAGCAGUUCAACAGCAUAACCUUCCAUCAAGAGUGAGAAGUGACCUGGGAGGUGAAAACAUAGAAGUAGCUCGAUUAAUGCUCAACUCUAGAGGAAUAAACAGAGGAAGCCACAUUACCGGCAGAUCAGUCCACAAUCAGAGGAUUGAAAGGCUUUGGCGUGAUGUUAAUCGGGUUAUUGUUAGUCGUUUUUUGAASAUUUUUCUGUUCCUUGAACAGGAAAUGAUUUUUGAUCCAUCAGUUGAACUCCAYCUAUACUGUUUGCAUAUUGCAUAUGUGCCUUUGAUAAACAAAGCCAUUGAAGACUUUGUUGGACAAUGGAACAACCACCCAGUGUCUACAGAAUGCAAUCUCUCACCCAACCAAUUGUGGAUUUGGGGUAUGUUGGAUUCAAGGAACUCUACAUAUGUUGCUGUAUCAGGAAGAACAAAUAGAUUUUGA